CCCCCUCCCCCUCCUCCUCCUCCUCCUCCUCCUCCGCGUGCGAGCCCCAGGGAGCAGGGCGGGGAAAACCUCCGCGACUUCCCCGCCCGCAGCGCGGAGCCCCGAGUGUCCGCCAGCGGCGCGGGGACCACGGAGCCGGUCGCGGGAGGCCGGGGCGGCGGCGGCCGAGGCGUGGGGCGCGAGGCGCGGGGGGUGCGGGGCCCCUGCGACCCCCCGGGCCGGCGAGCCCAGUGGUUAGCGAUGCUGUGGCUGCGGCUGCUGCUGCUGCUGGGGGCGCCGCGGAGCCUCGCCCGGGGCGCGGUGGCCGCGCUCAGCCCCGAGCCGCUGCUCCGGUGGCAGGAUAAAGGAAUGUUCCUUAUCCAGAGUGAGAGCCUCAAGAAAUGCAUUCAAGCAGGCAAAUCUGUACUGACCCUGGAGAACUGCAAGCCACCAAACAAGCACAUGCUUUGGAAAUGGGUUUCAAACCACCACCUCUUUAACAUAGGAGGCAGUGGUUGCCUGGGCCUGAAUUUAUCUAAUCCAGAGCAGCCAUUAAGCAUAUAUGAGUGUGAUUCCACUCACGUUUCCUUGAGAUGGCACUGUAACAAGAACAUGAUCAUCGGCCCUCUCCAGUACACAGUCCAGGUGAAUCACAACAAUAUGCUUGUGGCCUCAUGGAAAUAUCUUCAUAAGUGGAUUUCCUAUUUGUCAGAUGGUGGAAGCAUUUGUGAAUAUCUGCACAAAGAUAUGUACACAAUCAAAGGGAAUGCCCACGGGAUGCCGUGCAUGUUUCCUUUCCAGUAUAACCGACAGUGGCAUCAUGAAUGCACCCAGGAAGGGCGGGAAGACGACUUACUGUGGUGUGCCACGACAAGCCGCUAUGAAAGAGAUGAGAAGUGGGGAUUUUGCCCAGAUCCCACGUCCACAGAGGUGGGUUGUGAUGCUGUCUGGGAGAAGGAUCUCAAUUCACACAUUUGCUACCAAUUCAACCUGCUUUCCUCUCUUUCCUGGAGUGAGGCACAUUCUUCAUGCCAGAUGCAAGGAGGAGCUUUACUAAGUAUUGCAGAUGAGAAUGAAGAAAAUUUCAUAAGGAAGCACUUGGGCAGUGAAGCAGUGGAAAUGUGGAUGGGUCUGAAUCAGCUGGAUGAACAUGCUGGCUGGCAGUGGUCGGAUAGAACACCACUCAACUAUCUGAACUGGAACCCAGAAAUAAAUUUUGAGCCAUUUGUUGAAUAUCACUGUGGAACAUUUAAUUCAUUUUUGCCAAGCGCCUGGAGGAGUAGAGAUUGUGAAUCCACCUUGCCUUAUAUAUGUAAAAAAUACCUAAACAACACUGAUCAAGAAGUGAUUGAAAAAGAUGCUUGGAAAUAUUACACUACCCACUGUGAACCUGGCUGGAAUCCCCACAGUCAUAACUGCUAUAAACUUCAGAAAGAAAAAAGGACCUGGAAUGAAGCUUUGCAUUCUUGCCAGUCUGAUAACAGCACAUUGAUAAACAUUGCUUCAUUAGCAGAUGUGGAGUUUUUUGUAACCUUCCUUAGAGAUGAAAAUGCAUCAGAAACAUGGAUUGGUUUGAGCAGCAAUAAAAUUCCAGUUUCCUUUGAAUGGUCUAAUGGCUCCUCAGUCACCUUUACUAAUUGGCACACACUUGAGCCCCAAAUUUUUCCAAAUAGAAGCCAGCAAUGUGUCUCAGCAGAGCAAUCUGAGGGACACUGGAAAGUUAAAAACUGUGAAGAAACACUUUUUUACAUUUGUAAGAAAGCAGGCCAUGUCCUCUCUGACUCUGAAUCAGGCUGUCAAGAGGGAUGGGAGAGACAUGGUGGAUUCUGUUACAAAAUUGACACUGUCCUUAGAACUUUUGACCAUGCCUCCAGUGGUUAUCACUGUCCUCCUGCACUUGUGACCAUUACAAACAGGUUUGAACAGGCUUUUAUUACCAGUUUGAUCAGUAGUGUGGUAAAAACGAAGAACAGUUAUUUUUGGAUAGCUCUUCAAGAUCAAAAUGAUACAGGAGAAUACACUUGGAAGACGGCAUGGGGGCAGAAGUCUGAGCCGGUGCAGUACACACACUGGAAUGCACGUCAGCCUCGGUACAGUGGUGGCUGUGUUGUCAUGCGAGGAAGGAGUCCACCUGGUCGCUGGGAAGUGAAGGACUGCAGACAUUUUAAGGCAAUGUCCCUGUGUAAGCAACCAGUGAGAAAACAGGAGAAAACGGAGCAGGAAGAGAGAUGGCCCUUUCACCCCUGCUAUUUGGACUGGGAAUCAGAGCCUGGCUUGGCCAGCUGCUUCAAGGUAUUUCAUAGUGAAAAAGUCCUAAUGAAAAGAACGUGGAGAGAAGCAGAAGCAUUUUGUGAAGAAUUUGGAGCUCACCUUGCAAGCUUUGCUCAUAUUGAGGAAGAGAAUUUUGUGAAUGAACUUUUACAUUCAAAAUUUAAUAGGACAGAAGAAAGGCAGUUCUGGAUUGGAUUUAAUAAAAGAAACCCACUGAAUGCUGGCUCUUGGGAGUGGUCUGAUGGGACUCCUGUUGUCUCUUCAUUUUUAGACAAUACUUAUUUUGGAGAAGAUGCAAGAAAUUGUGCUGUUUAUAAGGCAAAUAAAACAUUGCUACCCUUACACUGCAGUUCCAAACGUGAAUGGAUAUGCAAAAUUCCAAGAGAUGUGAGACCCAAGAUUCCACCCUGGUACCAGUAUGAUGCACCUUGGCUCUUUUAUCAAGAUGCUGAGUAUCUUUUUCACACCUAUGCUGCAGAAUGGCCCUCCUUUGAGUUUGUUUGUGUCUGGCUACGUGGUGAUAUUCUCACAAUUCAUUCUGCACAUGAACAAGAAUUUAUCCACAGCAAAAUAAGAGUGCUAUCAAAGUAUGGUGUAAAUUGGUGGAUUGGACUUCGAGAAGAAAGAGCCAAUGAUGAAUUUCGCUGGAAAGAUGGAGCACCAGUAAUAUACCAGAACUGGGACAAGAGAGGAGAAGGAUCUAUGAGUAAUCAGAGCCAGAGAUGUGGCUUCAUUUCAUCUAUAACAGGACUCUGGGCUAGUGAAGAGUGUUCAGUUUCUUUGCCUGGCAUCUGUAAGCGAAAGAAGAUUUGGGUCAUAGAAAAAGAGAAAGAUACCCCAAAACAACAUGGAACAUGUCCCAAAGGAUGGUUAUAUUUUAACUAUAAGUGCCUUUUGAUGAAAAUCCCCAAAGACCCAAGUGAUUGGAAGAACUGGACAUCCGCUCAAGAUUUCUGUGUUGAAGAAGGCGGGACGCUAGUUGCCAUUGAAAAUGAGGUGGAGCAAGCUUUCAUUACUAUGAAUCUUUUUGGCCAGACCACUAAUGUGUGGAUAGGGUUACAAAAUGAUAAUUAUGAAAAAUGGCUAAAUGGAAAGCCUUUGGCAUACUCUAACUGGUCUCCAUUUGAUGUAAUAAAUAUUCCAAGUCAUAACACCACUGAAGCUCAAAAACAUAUUCCUCUCUGUGCUUUGCUAUCAAGUAAUCCUAAUUUUCAUUUCACUGGAAAAUGGUAUUUUGAAGACUGUGGAAAAGAAGGUCAUGGGUUUGUUUGUGAAAAAAUGCAGGAUACCUCUGGACACACUGUAAACACAUCUGAUAUGUACCCAGUCCCUGAUACCUUGGAAUAUGGAAACAGAACUUAUAAAAUAAUUAAUGCAAAUAUGACUUGGUAUACAGCAAUAAAAACCUGCCUAAUGCACGGAGCAGAACUGGCCAGCAUUACAGAUCAGUAUCACCAGUCCUUCCUCACGGUUAUCCUCAACCGGCUAGGACAUGCCCACUGGAUUGGACUGUUCACUGCAGAUAAUGGUCUUAAUUUUGACUGGUCAGAUGGAACCAAAUCUUCCUUCACUUUUUGGAAAGAUGAUGAGUCCUCCAUCUUGGGUGACUGUGUUUUUGCUGACACCAGUGGACGCUGGAGCAGCACAGCCUGCGAGUCAUUUCUGCAAGGAGCAAUUUGUCAUGUACCUUCUGAAACAAAACAAUUUGGACAUCCAGAGUUGUGCUCAGAAACAUCAAUUCCCUGGAUAAAAUUCAAAAGUAAUUGCUACAGUUUUUCUACAGUCCUAGACAGUAUGAGUUUUGAGGCUGCUCAUGAAUUUUGCAAAAAGGAAGGAUCUAAUCUUUUAACAAUCAAGGAUGAGGAUGAAAAUUCAUUUCUCCUAGAAGAGCUUUUUGCUUUUGGUUCUUCUGUCCAGAUGAUUUGGUUGAAUGCUCAGUUUGAUGGUGACAAUAAAACCAUAAAGUGGUUUGAUGGAACUCCCACAGACCAGUCAAACUGGGGCAUUCGGAAGCCAGAGAUGGACCAUGUCAAACCCCAUCUGUGUAUUGCCCUGAGGAUCUCAGAAGGAGUGUGGCAGUUAUCCCCAUGUCAAGAAAAAAAAGGAUUUAUAUGCAAAAUGGAAGCAGGUCUUCAUGCAGUAAAGGAGCACUCAGGAAAAGGACCAAGUCAUAGUAUGGUGCCUCUUGCAGUAGCACUGACAUUGAUAGUAAUCCUGGCACUUUCCACCCUUUCCUUCUGCAUAUACAAGCACAAUAGAGGUAUCUUCAGUAGACUUGCACCGUUCGGGAAUCCUUACUACCCCACAACCAACUUCAGUACAGUACAUUUGGAAGAAAAUAUUCUCAUUUCUGAUCUUGAGAAGAAUGAUCCAUAACAAUGAACUCAGAGAACGCCACUGCCAUAAAGAUAAGUAAAGCCUUAA